UGCCUAUCGAUCAUCACUCAUUGGAAAACAUCGUUCGGACAAACCUAGGAUGAAAAUAAUAUUCUCUGUACUAGUGGCAGCACUAGUCGCGCUGGCCGUCGCAGACGAAACACAGGAUACCGAAUACAACAAUGAUAACCCGCGGGUCAUCCCCCAUCGUUUCCUCUUUCCGAUUAAUUCGCCACCAUUUUUCAAUGGCAUUUUUAGAUGGCAACCCCCAACACCGUUUGACAUAGGCGGUAUUUUGCAAGAAAUCUGGAAAUCAAUCAUUGCCGGUAUCAACAACCAUGGUUCUAACUCAGCUGGAGGUGCCGCAGGAGGUGCUCCAGGUAGUGCUGGUGGCGUGAGUGGUGCUGGUGCCGCAGGUGGCGCAGGCGGUGCUUCAGGUUCUCCAAGUGGUGCCCCAAGCGGCUCAGCCAGCUCAGGUAGUGCGCCAGAUGGUGCAAGUGGUGCUCCAGGUUCCUCAGGUAGUUCUUCAGGUAGUGCUCCAAGCGGCUCAGGCAGCUCAGGUAGUGCCCCAAGUGCCGCAGGCGGUGCAAGUGGUGCUCCAGGUCCCUCAGGUGGUGCCGGUGGCGCAGGUGGUGCCCCAGGAGGUCCCGCAGGUGGCGCAGGUGGUGCUUCAAGUUCUUCAGGUAGUGCUCCAAGCGGCUCAGGCAGCUCAGGAAGUGCCCCAGGUGCCGCAGGUGGUGCCUCAAGUGCUCCAGGAGGUGAUGCAGGUAGGGCAGGUAGCCGUUAGAAGAUUUAGUGCUCUAUUCAAUAUCGAUGUUUAGAUCAAAUAUACAUAAGUUUAGCAUGAA